CCACAGACACACUUGGGUGUUGGGGAGCAAGGCUGCAGGACUGGGGAGGACCCAGUACAUGGGGGACCGCCGGCGAAGUCUGUCCCACAGCCACCACGGCUCGGAGGCCGAAGGCGGGCCCGACUGGGGACAGGACGAUGAUGCCCUCGGCGUGCAGGGCACAGUGUUCAGGAGUCCAGGGACCAAGGACACCACGUGCCUGGAUGACGAGGAGCUGAGUUUUGAAGAUCGAGAAGCGGAGACCCUCCCAGAGGAGGUGACUGGGGGAGAACCGCCUGGCCCCCGGGCCCCCGAGGAGGCCCUCGAGCCGCUGGAGAGGGCUCUGGAGAAAGACGCGGAGGGCAUGCCUGAGAUGAGCCGGCUGUCAAUCACCCAGAGGCUCCCCAGUGCUGCCUCAGCCAGAGGGAUGAGGAGGAGGAGGAAGCGGGUCUUUGAGCUGGCAAAGCCCAAGACCAACUGGCAAGUCCUAAGAGACAGGAUGGGGUGCUGCUGUAAGGGCUAUGCCUGGGUGUCCCCGUGCAAGAGGAACUUGCAGUUCUGUGUCUACUGGCCUUCUGUGUACUGGACAGAGAGGUUUCUUGAAGACACCACCCUCACUGUCACGGUGCCAGUGGUGACGCGCCGAGUGGAGGAGCUAGCUCGACCUAAAAGGUUCUACUCGGAGUAUUUCAACAACAGCAGGAGCACCUCCGUCUGGCCCGUUCCUCGCCCUACUCUGGCAUACCAAGCUUCGAGUCGCCUGAGGGAACUGGCCACCCCGAGGGUCCAGAAUAACAUUUGGAGCAUAAACAUGUCUGAGGUGUCCCAAGUAUCCAAGGCAGCCCAGAUGGCAAUCCCCAGCACAAGGAUCCUACAGCUGGCAAAGCCCAGGGCCCCAGCCACCCUGUUGGAAGAGUGGGACCCCAUGCCAAAACCCAAGCCGCACGUGUCGGACUACAAUCGCCUCCUUCACUUGGCCAUGCCCAAGGCCCAGUCAGACCAGUGUGUUCCUGACCGAGAUCCACGCUGGGAGGUGCUGGACGUCACCAAGAAGGCAGUGGCCAGUCCCCGGAUCAUCUCCCUGGCCAAGCCCAAAGUGCGCAAAGACCUCAACGAGGGCUAUGACCCCUACCACAUUUCCCCCGCGUCUCUGGUGGCUCAGGCAUCCCCCCGCUUGUACGAGCUGGCCACCCCCAAGAGCAUCACCAAAAGAGUGUGAGCGACCCAGGCCUGGCCUCUGAGAUCCCAUUCCCAGUAAACACCCAACUGCACCCUAACCUUGUGUGUCGUCGGCUCUGAGUGUUUUGGCCCGAAGGCGGGAGGGCAGGCUGGUGGCCAAAUCGAGGACAAGGAGGAAAAUGAUAAUGUUCAUGCUUACAUUCAGCCUGGGAUUUGUACGGCCCUGUUAUCUUCCAGAUCGCGCUGUCCUGCCCUCUGCGCUUCUCAGGUGCCCACUUCCCUCCCUCGUUCCCUCUGAGUCUCCUGGGUGUCCCCAUUCACCUCAAACUCAGUGACCCUAUAAUAAAACCAGCUGAUGCCUAUUG